UAUGUGGAGAUUCGUAAUCCUACUGCCAUAAAUAAAGUUCAGGAUGUGCCGAAUAACGCCAGGGACCAUACGCGCACUGACAUCCAAACGUUCACCGUCUGCCACCGCUGGUAGCGGUUGGUCUAGUUACGCAUAGAGCAAAAUGUUACUGUUCCAAUAACCGUAAUUAGAGAGAAGACUAUCCGGAACUUCAGAAAGUUAAUACUGAAAUAAUGAAAUAAACAUUUAUUUGCUAUGCGCAUUCCUACUGGGAGGAAUUAGAAUUGGACAGACAUUGGCUAUUAAUUCAGGGUGCGGCAUCUUCUGAUCCGACGUCUCCAGUGCGUUAAGUGCAACUCAAGGGGACAUACUGGACUGUGACUUCAAUGAUGGCUGGAUGUUGUAUGUCGGCAGAGGAGAAAGAGAAUCAGAGAAUCAACCAGGAGAUUGACAAGCAGCUGCGGCGGGACAAAAAAGACUCAAGAAGGGAACUCAAACUGCUGCUCUUAGGUACUGGAGAGAGUGGGAAGAGCACCUUCAUCAAGCAGAUGAGAAUCAUCCAUGGUGCUGGUUACUCAGAGGAGGACAAGAGGGGCUUCACCAAGCUGGUUUACCAAAACAUCUUUACUGCCAUGCAUUCAAUGAUCCGCGCCAUGGAGACCCUCAACAUCCCCUACUCGGAGGCACAGAAUAAGGACUAUGCCAUAAUGUUGAGUGAGAUGGAGGUGGACAUGGUGAAUGAUCUAGAGACAAGUCAUGUGGAAGCCAUCAGGAGCCUGUGGAGAGACCGUGGUGUGCAGGAGUGUUACCAGCGCCGUAGGGAGUACCAGCUGUCUGACUCCACCAAAUAUUAUCUGAGUGACUUAAACCGAAUCGCAGAUCCCUCCUACAUUCCCACCCAGCAGGACAUCCUGAGGGUCCGAGUGCCCACCACCGGCAUCAUCGAGUACCCGUUCGACAUGGACAAUGUCAUCUUCAGGAUGGUGGAUGUGGGGGGUCAGAGGUCAGAGCGGAGGAAGUGGAUCCACUGCUUUGAGAACGUCACAUCCAUCAUCUUCUUGGUGGCGCUCAGCGAGUACGACCAGGUGUUGGCUGAAUGCGACAACGAGAACCGUAUGGAGGAGAGCAAAGCCCUCUUCAAGACAAUCAUCACAUAUCCCUGGUUUCAGCGCUCUUCUGUCAUCCUUUUCCUCAACAAGACUGACAUCCUAGAGGAGAAGAUCACUCACUCUCACCUCGUAAACUACUUCCCAGAAUACACCGGGCCAAAGAAUGACCCUAAACCUGCCAGGGAGUUCAUCCUCAAGAUGUACCAGGAUCAGAACCCAGACAAAGAGAAGACUCUCUAUUCCCACUUUACCUGUGCCACAGACACAGAGAACAUCCGCUUUGUCUUUGCGGCUGUAAAAGACACCAUUCUCAGACACAACCUUAAGGAGUUCAACCUGGUUUAGAGGAAAGAUCCCGUCCGGUUUGGAGGCAUCUAGCAUGGUCCCAGAUCUAGCAUGUGUGGCAUGCGUUGACAUGCGUUGAUUAAAGCACAUAAUGACCUGAGAGCAGACAUAGCGAGUAGAUUGUGAGUAGAUAUUGUUUGGUUGGAAGGUCAGAUUGGUUUGUUAGAAGAAUAUGCUUUGACUGGCAGGCUUGAAGUUUAGUUUUUCUUUCCAAGAUAGUUUAUUAGGUAGAGCAUCUUUUGUAAUUCUGCACCAUUGGAAAAUAGUCUCCGAAUUAAAGCCAUCAGAUGACUACAGCAGUUGCCAACCCCUGUAUAUAUCCUUUAGAUGGAAACAAAAUUCAUUUUAUAGUGAAGGGGAAGCCAAAGGUGACUAAUUUAUUUUUACAGGAAAUACAUUUAUCUUGUAUGUUGGUCACACCAAAACAAAUUAAUUUUUUCUGGUGUAGUUUGCUAUAAAGGAAGGAUUAGCUAAACAUCUCAACUAACUUUUUUGUGUUAUAUUACAGAUGUCGAGAAAAUGAAGAGAGAAUGAUGGGAAUAUAUCACCUAGAUUUAUUAACAAAUAAACUAUGUUUAAAAGUAAGAUCUAGCUAGAAAUUACUCAAAACACUCCUCAACAAAUCUCUGUGAGCAUUAGAAUGAAAGUUAUGAGUGAGAGUGGACGUGAAAUUGUCAAUUAAAAUAUUAGAAAAUUAAAAUAUUUUUACACUUCUAACUAAUAUAUUUGUCUAAACAAUGAACCGCAAGUAAUCUGUCUAAAGUGCCUUUUUUAGAAACCUUUAGUUUACUUUACACUCUGCAGCAUCUCAAUCAUGUAGUGCUUGCUAUACUAUUUCAUUUAAUAGUAUUUAGCACAGUACUAUCCACUUAUCUUUGGGGCUGGCACAAUUUUAUAGUGUUCCUGAUCUUGCUCAUCUGAUACAUCUAUUUAAAGUUCAAAACCAUGGAUCUACUAACAAGCCUAAUAAUGAAAACAUCACAUACAUUCUCGGUUUAUACAACUAGCAAUACAUUUUACUUGUAAAGGGCUGCCAUUUACAAACAUUAACAGGACUGCCCCUGCACAUGUAUUAUGAUUUUAGGCAAAUUCCAAUGAAUGAAUCGGAAAGCGUUAGGAAAGAUGUGUAGGUCAAUCAACCAGUUAAUGCCAAGGACGUUUUGGCCUUGAAGUUGGUAGCCUAUUCAAUUUUACAUCUGAAUAUGUUUUUAAGAGAAAGAUUUUACUGUUCAAGCAGUUCUGUUGCUUUAGUGCAGUAAAACCAUGUGUGAUUUAUAUAAGCAGCAAAUGUUGCAUUUAACUUUGUCAUUAGGUAGGCUAUAGGCAUUUGAACAACUGCAUAGAUUUUUCCUGUUUUAUUUGAAACCUAAAACAUGACAAAGCUUUCAAUGUGUGCAGGGGGAAUUAAAAAAAAAUCCUACCUAGUUCUAGGAUUAUGAAGUUUAUGAAGUUGUUUGUGAAUUUAUAUUGGAUUAUGAAGUUGUUUGUGAAUUUGUAUUGGAUUAUGAAGUUGUUUUGUUGCUUCUGUCUUGACUCAGCUACGCUUGUGUUGAUAAGAAAAAUAUGCUUAAAGUGUAAAAUUAUUCUGCCUCGCUUUACAGAUGCUUUGAUUUAGCUUGCGGUAUUGCCUCAUUGAUCACCUUAAACUGCGACUCAACGUUUCGGUUUGGGUGUUGUUUUGUCGUAACUGUUCAGACCACAGUCCUACCUACAAUUAGUGAUGGCCAAACGAGGCUUCAUUAGCGUUAUUUUAGCAGCAGGUUAUUAUGCUUAUUAUGCUAGCAGAUUUUCUUUAUCAUAAUAAAAGCCAUCAUUGAAAUGUAUAAGGCAAUAUAGUUAACAAUCUAGUCAGUAAAAAAUAACAGACACGAACAAUAUUGGAACGACCAUUAAACAUAAAAUUUACAGACUAGAGUGUUAACUAUAUUGCCCCAUAUUUUUCAAUGAUGGCUUUUGUUUAGAAAUAGAAAAUCUGAGUUAGCGCUGCUAGCAUAAUAUCCUGCUGCUAGACGAACGGUAAUAGCCUCAUUGGCCAUCGCUACCUACAAUCACCUCCAUAAUCAUUGCCAACCUUGAAAGAAAGGUAAGCAAAAAGGCUGCAUAUAAUGAAAAAUAAAGGUGUGAGCAAUAUUGAAAUAUUGUGGACUAUAUUGAAAUUCA